AUGGCUAGUGUCCAACACACAACCUCGCCGGGGCAACCCCAGGCCCUACAUCAAACGAACGGACAUCCUCCACAAUCAAUACAACAGCAGCAGUCGAAACCGACCGCUUUUCAACAGUUGACACAGGUGAACGAGGCGGUAUGGCUUCAGAUCGGUGUGUUGUCACUGCCCCUGGUUUUCGCCUCUUCAGCCCUCAUGUUGUUCCUUGCGCUAAACCGUUUGUCUAGGCAGCGUUACCGAAUUGAUGGGUGAUCUGGACCGGGCAAUGGGCGCGUAUGAAAAUGCCCUUCGCCAAAACCCGUAUUCCAUCCCAGCAAUGAACUCUAUAUCGUGCAUUCUUCGUACCAAGGAACAAUUCGCCAAGGCUGUCGAAUAUCUUCAAAGUAUUUUGAACCUGGAUGCGACCAAUGGGGAUAUCUGGGGCAGUUUGGGCCAUUGCUAUUUGAUGAUGGAUGAAUUGCAGAAAGCCUACUCGGCUUACCAGCAGGCGCUAUAUCAUUUGCGUGAUCCAAAGGUAUUGUUGUGCCCGCGGUAACCCGGGGCUGUGCUUAAUUGGGUUGACUCUUUUCUCUCCUUUUUUAGGAACCGAAGCUUUGGUAUGGAAUUGGAAUUCUGUACGACCGCUAUGGGUCAUUAGAACAUGCGGAAGAAGCGUUUUCCCAAGUCAUGCGCAUGGAGCCUAAUUUCGAGAAGGCGAACGAGAUUUAUUUCAGGCUCGGUAUAAUCUACAAACAGCAAGAGAAAUACCGCCAGAGUUUGGAAGUAUGUAGCAAGUAUAUAUGUAUUUGUGCGUGUGCGAAUUAUCCUUAUCUAACAUGUGGUUUCAGUGUUUCCGGUACAUCGUUACCGAUCCCCCACGCCCCUUGACGGAGGAGGAUAUCUGGUUCCAGAUCGGGCACGUUUAUGAACAACAAAAGGACGUAAGUGGACCCGGGAAAUUAUCUUGGACUGAUCUUGUCUGUGCUUGCUCGGGAACUGAUCGCUUGAUAGUAUCCAUCGGCAAAAGAUGCGUACAUGAGGGUCCUUGAUUCUGAUCCUAACCACGCCAAGGUUCUCCAGCAGCUCGGUUGGCUUCACCACCAGCAGAGCAACAACUUUUCGAGUCAGGAACUAGCCAUUGAAUACUUGGAGAAGUCUGUUAGUGCUGGUAGGGAUUUCAUCUCGGUAGCGCUAUUGAUUGGAUGGAGCUGACAGGUGUCAUUGCAGACAAUUCCGAUGCCCAGAGCUGGUAUUUGCUCGGGCGGUGCUACAUGUCGCAACAAAAGUAUCCAAAGGCCUACGAAGCUUAUCAGCAAGCGGUUUAUCGUGACGGUCGCAACCCGACUUUUUGGUGCUCAAUUGGUGUCCUUUAUUAUCAGAUAAACCAAUAUCGUGAUGCUCUUGAUGCCUAUUCUCGGGCUAUCAGGUUGAACCCAUACAUAUCGGAGGUUUGGUAUGAUUUGGGGACUUUGGUAAUUCUAUCCUCUAACGCACUUGUGCGACAAUGGUCAGGAAUCACAAACUAACCCCUAGCAGUAUGAGUCAUGUAAUAACCAGACGAAUGAUGCCCUCGACGCCUACCAGCGCGCCGCCGAGCUAGACCCCACCAACCAGCACAUCAAAGCUCGCCUUUCACUUCUGCGCAACGGUCAAUCCUCCGGCGUCCAGCAUCAAGCCUCGGCGCCUCCCCCGCAGGAUGUUCACCCCCAAGCGUACCAGGCUGCUGGGGUUGGUGGACCUCCGGGGCCGCAGUGGGGAUCUCAAGCGCCCCAAGUGCCCCCACCUGCGCCCUCCGGUCCCCCGCCAACACUUCCCCAGAUUCCACAGCCUCCGAAUCCGUCGUCAUAUCGACCAGCAGACGUUCCUCCUCAACCUCCCCAACCUCCCCGUCACAUGGCCCACAGCCCCGAUGAUAUACGUAGACCUGUAGAGGAUAGCAGGCACACUCAACUGAGGCGUGGAUUAUCUCCUUCUCCCAAAUUCUCUAGUCAUUCCCCUCAUACUAGCUAUCCUCCCCCACCCCUCCAAGGCCCCCCACCACCGCAGUCCCAACAGCAACCGCAGCAGCAGCAACAACAGCCACCCCCAAAUCGUAUCCUAAACCCGCAUCACAGCUCCCAUAUUCUCCCCCCAGCCUCUAAUAAUCCUGGCGGAAUUUCUCUGCCGCCUUACGGUGGCCGUGCAGCAAGUCCACCACCACCAGAUGUUAAGCCUAUCGUUGAUGAUCGACUGCCAUCCCCUGGUACAUACUCCCGUCACCCCCAACACCCCCAUCACCCCUCAUCGCAAGGUGGCAUCGCCGGCGGUGCACCGCCACCAGCUUCAGCUACAAUGGCUGCUGAAGCCGCUGCACGUGAGCGGGAUGAGAAAAUUCAUCAUAAUAAACGGGCAAGGGAGUGGGAGGAAGACGAGGGGCAAGGUAUAGGGAAGAAGCCAGCCUCAGAGGAGACCAGGGCUAGGAUGGAUGAUAUGCGCCAUCACCGUCCAUCACCGCCUGUGCGGGUUUCCUCGCCGCAUCGCCCGGAGCGGCGACGGAGCUCGUCGGAGAGGCCAAGGGAGGACUACCAUGGACCGCCGGCACCUUUGCACACGCCAAACGUGCCACCCCCGCUAGGCCAUCAGCAGCUACCGCCCAUCAACGAUGGACCGCGAAUGCCAGAGCCCCCUCCACGGAUCGCUGAAGCCCAUCGGAUGUCCGAAGCUCCCCGGGACGAUCGUAAGGAGAUCAUAGAGCCUGCGGCGAGGAAAGUAGAACUGGAUGAGGACUACGAUAAUGAAGAAAUGGGGGAUGAUCGGGGGGCCGGAGGAAAUCCAGGCGUUCAAGUGAAGGAGAACAAUAGCCCAGUGGGUAACGGCACGAAUGGCAUUUCGGGAGGAGGGCCGCCCGGGGGCGAUUAA